AUGCGAAUUCCCUAAGCUUACUAUGAAAGCAUGAUGAAAAGAUACAAGAAGUCUAAGCAUGUUGAUUAAACAGAUUAUUCUUGGAUUGAGACGACCAAGAAGCCUCUGGUAGAAAGAAUUUAAGAUUUUGCAUAAUGCAAACAAUUAUAAGAUCCCAAGUAUACUCGAAUCAUUUGCGAAACAAUUGAUGCAAUAUUUGAAGCAGCAGUUGCUUUAUUUCAAGAGCAAGACCAAACUUUCUGCGCUCAAUUACUGGGUGAAUCCGAUUCUAUUUAAAUUUGGGAUUUGUGUAUUUAGUGUUGUGAUUUUAUAAUCAAAUCAGCAAACCAAAAAAUAAGUAUUUCUAUUUCAAUAAUCAAAAGUCGAUAUGUUUUUUAGUUAUGAGCAUAUUUUGACACUUAUAUUUCACAAUCCAGAUUAUGAAAUAGCAAAAAUAUAUAAAUUGGUGUAAUGCAUGCAAUAUUUAAUUGAAUAAAUGAAUGCAUCCAAGGCCUGCAAAUUUAAAAGUAAUAUCUCUAACAAUUAAUAUUAGUUGAACAAUUUGAAAGAGUCUUUUUAAGAUUCAUGUACAUUAACACCUUUUUAUAAAAGAAUAUUUACAUUUUGUCAGAUUAGGAAUGUUAGGAAUUAUUUUAAUAUUAGACCGAAAAUUACAAUCUCAAAAUCACCAUCCCAAAUGAGGACAUGAAUAAUUAUCAAAGAUAUUUGGAGAUGAGCAAUUUCAGAAAAAUACUCAAGUCUCCGCCUUUAAUCUUAGACAUUCCUUUUGAUUAUACUAAAAAUCCCUUGGAUUAAAGUUUACAGAUUGCAGCUGAAAUCAAAGUCUAGAAAGAAAGUAUACUAUUUGAUUAAAUCUUUAUUCGUUUGCUAUGCUAAUAUUCCAAUGAUGAACUAAUACUAUAGAAGAUGUUUAUUAGUAAUUACAUAUUUCACUUUAAAUGCACUUUCUCAGAUUUAUAAUUAUUUAACUACAAAUAUAUGACAGACAUUACUAAUAGGUUGAUAGAUCAAAAAGACUACUUAUUUUUAUUAAUAAGGAUGAUCGCAAGCAAUAAAGAUGAAUCACUAGAGGAUACCCUAGUGGAUAGUCUCCAAUUUAUUAAAUCAAAGCAAAUACAACUAUAUGAACAUAAUACCUUCUUGGAAAAAUUAUGGCUAUUUGAAUUAUAGGGAAUUUAAGACACUCUAGUCUAGUGGAAGAAAGAACUCAAUAUUAGUGAAGGCAACUUCUAUGAUAAUAGAAUGAAGUUAAAUGUUAAAUUGCAACAAUUAUUCUUCUAAUCAUUAUCAGAUUAACAAUUUACAUAGAUGUUUAAGAAAUAACCGAAUUAUACCUAAUGGAAUUUCAUAAUCAUUCAAAUCAUUAGAAAAUCCUUUGGAUAAGUUGGAGAAACAAAAUUGCCAUACUAUAUCUUAAAUCCCAUCUUAAGUUAUUCUGUCAAUUUGAUCACUGAGUUACCAGGCAAUAACUAAAACCAAUAAUUAGAUUAUCAAUUAGAAAGCCAGAUAAUUUAAGGCUUAUUAGAAAUCCUUAAGAAUUGCAAUACGACAUUAUAAAUUUAAUUAUAAAUCAGAGCAUUUCAAUUAUUAAAUUAAUUAGUUACAUACUAUAAACAAGAAUUUGAUUAAGUUUAGAUUCAAAAUGCUCAAUCUGAAUUCUUGAUGCCAGUUCCAGAGAGAUAUCACAAAUUACUUGCAGAAAUCUGGUCAAACAGAAUUUUGGAAGACACUCUAUAAAGGGCAGAACUCAAUGAAACAUUAUUUACCCAUCUAAUAACCUUAUUAGCAAUAACAAUGGGAGAGAAUCCAGCCAGAGUAAGAUAAUUUUACGAAAAUAAUAGUUUAUAAUAAUUGAUUAAUAAAAUUAUUGAAUUAUUAAGGAUUUGCUCAAGAGCAUCUCCUUUAAUUGUAACAAUAAUAAACUUAUUGAUCGCAAUCAGUACAAAUGAAUAAGCAAUAUCAUCAGCCUUACAACCGAAUAAUAAUGGUGAUUCAUAAUAAUAGGAAAAUUUGAUUAAGAGAAUCUUUAUUAAGUGUUAUUUGCCUUCAGUAGAGUUAUUACACGAUCCAACAGUGAGUGAUGAUUUUGCAAAGAAGAUUAUUAUGCUGUAUAGCCAAAGCAUGUUGGCAAAAAAGUUAAUCGAAAAAGUUAUUGAAAAUACAUUUGUUCAGAUAUCAUAAUUAGUGGAUUUGAGUAAAGAUAAGAUUGAGGAAAUAGUUAGUAAUUAGGAAAAGUUAUAAUCCUUUUAUAGUUAUUCCAAAAGCUUACAAGCCUUAUUAUAAUUAUUCAUGCAAUUACAACCAGAGAAGAAAUCAUCCUAUCGCUCAUUCCAAGGAUAUGAAGAAUUGUAAUUAGAAGAAGCUCAGAGACAAAAAGAUUUAUUGUUCAAUUCUCUUUUGAAGAAUUAAAAAUUCGUUGAAGCAUUAGAGAAAAUAAUAAUGAGUCCAAUACUUAUAGGUAGUAAAAACAAGGAUACCUAUGUUGAACAUUAUGUUGGCAUACUAUGUAAGAAAAACAAGUUAAAUCCUUAUAAUUCUUUAUGGAAGGAAUUGGAUUUGAUCUCAUAAAAUUACAUGGUCAUAGGUGAUCAAAAGAUAAUCGAUAUUGGAAAAUUAGUUGAUUAUGAUGCUCUAUCUAUUCAUAUGAGUGACAAGUAUUUUUUUAGAAAAAUCAUCAAACACAUUUCUCCUUAAACUUAUAGAGGAUUCUACAUACUUAGUCGUUUCCAUUUGAUUCAUUAUUUGAUCAAGAUGUGUGUCAAUUAGGGUGUGGGAUAAAAUUAGGAUUCUCAUCUGAUGAUCUCCUAAUUGUUAGAAAUCUAUUUUCUAUCCUCAUAGCAUGCCGGUUUUCAUGAAUCCAUUAUGAUGUUUAUGUCUGCUAAAUAAUAGAUUCAGAAAUAACAGACUAGUUACGAUGAGGACACACAAAUAAGGAGAAGGAUUAGCAGGGAUAAUUUGAUUCCAUUAUAAUCAUCUUGUUUGGAUUUGAUAGGUAAAUUACAAUAACAAGUUGAGUAAAAAGACUAUAUAAUUAAAAAAUAUGGGGAAAUUACUUAGUUGUUCUUCCAGAACUUCUAAGAAAAAUGCUAAUAAAUUAAAUAAGCUUAAGGAAUCUAAAUUGUAUCCAUUGUAACCUAUAUGCAGGAUAUGUUAAAAUCAUUCAAAUUUUUAUAGAAUUUAUUUUUGAGUUUAGAACAAUAAUAUUAGCCAUUACAAUUUGCAGUAAUCUGCUUCCAAAAUAGUAAUUUCUUUUUGUAAUUAAUUGAGAUUCUAUAAUAUUUGGAUAGUAUUUAAAGAUAACAGUAAUUCAAUGUAACAAAAGAAUAAGAGAUCACUAGAAAGAUAUUGCCAGGAUUUAUAGAGGCAAUACAUCAGCAUAUAGAUAGCAUAAUAAAAUUAUUAAUUUUUAAGAAGAUUGCUAUUGAUAAAAUAUAAUUGUCUGGAUAAUCAAUUUAAGAUCCAUAACAAUUGGAUAUAGUAUGCAAUGAAAUCUUUGUAUCCUAAGCUUCAAUACUCAAUUAAAUGAUCGAUUUACUGCUCUACAAUAAUUGUGAAGGCAAUUUAAAGACUCUUUUGGAAUAAUUAAUAUAAAAGUUUUAUUCAAUCAAAGAUUUAUAAGUUUAGGAGAUGAGAAAGCUUGCUGGAACAGAAACAAAAGAAUAAUAAGUAGUUGGAAAUAAGGAUAUCACUUAAAUCUUAUCUGGAAAUGAAGUACGUUAAGAAUAAAAGAAGUCAAUGUUUGACAGACCUGAGAUCAAAGCAAUGAUAGAUGAUAUUUGUGAUAUGGGAUUCAAAUAGCAAUUGAUCAAGAAAGCCAUCCAAAGAAUUGAAAUUCCAGAACCUACGAUGAUUAUUGAUAUGCUAAUAAACGAAAGGAUUUCUGAUGACGAAGAAGAGUAAGAAGAUCUCUUUGAUCAAGAAAUAAAAAUAGCUGAGCAAAAUCAAAUAAUUUAAGAACAAAUUGCCUAAUAAAAGUUAAAAAUCGAGAAUGAAUUAGAAAAAGAGUAAAAGUAAAAUGAAAUCCAAGUCUUAGAUUAAGAAUAAUUUACUAAAAUAUUACAAUAAAACUUUCCUGAGGCUAAUUAAUAAUUAAAUAUUUUGGAAAGAUUUUUGACUUUAAUUAAUGAUUUCUAAGUUAAAUUAGAUUCUAAUCUUAAUAAGCUAUUAGAUUAACAAUUGAAUAACCAAAAAACAAAUAGUAAUUUAUUAGAAUAUUUAUUCACAAUAGCUAAGAAAUAAUAACAUAUAAGCAAGAUUUUAGAUUAUAUUUUUGUGAUCUUGAAUCCCUUAAAAAAAGAAAAAUCAUCUUAGGAUUUGAAUACAACUAUGAUACAAUAUCAAAAAGCCUUGCAAUGGCUUAAUUUAUUAUAAUAGAUUGCUCCACAGGAACAUGAAAAAUUAUAUUAAAAUUUGGCUUUAAUAGAUCAAGAACCAUAAUAAAAGCAUGUGCUUUCAUUUCAAUCCAUGAUUACAUUUGGUUUUGCAUUGUCUGAUGAUAUAUUUGAACAGUUUAAAAAGAGUGGCGAAAUAGAAUUGUAAUAAUUAAAGCAACUAAAUAUUUCUGAUAUGUCUUAUUAAGAAAUUUUUCUUCAAGUAUAAAACAUCACUGCUAAUCUUAACAAUUUAUAUGAAAACAAAUAAAUAACAUUAAAAUUAUUCUGUAAAGAAAUUUUAGAGGCACAAAAAUAUCUUACUAAGUUUUUCUUAAAUUUGUAAAAUAAACAUGAUCAAUUAAUAGAACGAUAUUGGAGCUAGAUACUCAUCUACCUUGAAUUUUUGAUUUAAGUAGGUACAAUGAAUUUGGAAUUAUAAGAGUACACCUAGCAAACCUAUAAUUUACUUGAAGAAUUGGAUAUAUAAAUUAGCAAUAAUUAAGUAUUGAAAGAAUAAAGAGAUUAACCUCAAAAUAUGAUUUAUAUGAGAUAGAUAAUUUAGAGACGAUUUAUGUCUGAUAAACAGUUGAUUGCAUAAUUAUUAUAAUGCUUGAAUAAUUUUGGAUUGCAUAAUCAAAACAAAUUGUUCAAUAUGUUAACAAAAAAAUCAUCAAGUGACAAAUUAUCAUUAUUGGAGAUACUAUUACAAUUAAAAAUGCAUCCUAGUCAUUUUGAAUAUGAGGAAUCCUAGCCAGUAUUCAUUGAAAACCUAAUAUAUCUUGUUGCCAUUGAUACGAAAACAACAAAUGACUUAGUUUUCUAAAUUUUGAAACAGGUGAUGUUGAAUGAACAUAUAGAUUGGCAUGCUUAAUAGUUAAAGAAUGCAGAAGAUCUCACCCAAAUUUAAUUCCCUUAGAAAUUUAUAGAAUGCCCAUUGUAAUACUUAUUGCAAUUUCAUCCUGUAUUAAUUAACAAUCCUAUUAUCUAUAAUUUGAUAAUUGAACAGUAAGGCGUAUCAAUUACAGACAAAUAUUCUGAACUAAAUAGAAUUCAUACUCCAAAAUAAGUUUAAACUUAACCAACAGGAAAAUUGACAAAAGAAUAAGAGAAAUUAUUGAAAGAGAAGGAAAAAGAAUAGUAAACUCAACCCUUGACAGAAAUAGUCAUCAGAUACGAGAUAGAAUAAUUUAUAGAACCGUAAUUAAAUCAAAACUUCAUCCAUUUAGUCAAAAUUAUUGCCUAAGCAACCGUUGAUAGGUUUUUUGAGGAGAAUUAAAGGUUGAUAGAAUAGAUAUUUAAAGUACAAUUCAACCAAUACAAAGAUGAUUCUAGGAUUUACGUUUACGGUUGGGAUCAAUUAUUGAGAAUUAUAGAAAUGCUCAUCAUUAAAAUUCCUUAACUAAUAUUAUAUCUAAGAUAAUUGUAAGUAGAUUUGCCACCAUAAUUAAGUGGAGGUGAUAAAAAGACUACAUUCAUAGAAUUUGUAAUUAAGUAUUUGACUUGGGUUGGUGGAGAUAAAUUAGCUAACUUUAUGCACAAUUACUUAAGUGAUAUAAAUUUGUUGUCUAUUGGAUAUGGAGUCACUAUUGCCUAAGAAGGUUUGCAAUUAUUAUUGAAUGAAUUAUAAAUUGACGUUGAUCAGGAUUAGAUACUAUAGAAAUAUUAUCAUAUCAUGUAAAUAUUGAUACUGUUUACUUAAACCUUAACUAUGCAAAAUUGUAGCAUGAUCUUAACAGACUAAAGAUCAUAAAUGAAUUUAAUUCCUUAAUUGAUUGACACAUUGAAUAAAAUAAAAAAUUGUGACAACAAGCAAUUUGUGAAGACAUAUCAAUAAACGAUAGCCAAAAUUAUUGAACCUUUUUUGCAAUCUUAAAUAUAUUAUGAUCACAUUAAAUCUGGAAAGUAUGGAGAAGUAUUCAGACUACAACAAAGUAUUACUGAUGAUCCUUUUAAAUAUCACUAUUUGCAAUGUCUAAGAAAUCAAUUGAUUUGUUAUUCUCUGUACCCAGGUUUCAAAAGUGUAGCAGGAUCAGCUUAACAUUUUAUUUCUCACUAAUAAGUUCAAUAGACCUUAAAGGAUGAACACUAAUAAGAAUUAAUUUGGCCACUUUAUCAAUCAAGAAAAAAUUACAAUAAUUAAAGGCAGAAUAAUUAAAAGCAAUAAGAAGAGGAUGUGAGUGAUUCUGAUUCGGAUCAAGAUAUUCUUUAAGUAGAUAACAGUCAAAUAAAAUACAAAGUAAAUUAUACAAAUAUUAAUACUUGGGGUUCUGAUUACUAUUUUUAUGACAAUAAUGACUUCAUGUCAAAAUACAGCUUGAACAGAGAUGAAGAUAGGAUGGUACGAGAAAACUAAUAAAAUAUAUUCCCAUAGAAAGAUCUCAAUAUCAUAUUUUGCAAAGUUGAUCCACAGUCCAUUUGUUUCAACUUACCUACAUUAUCAAUUACUAGGUAGAACAUUUAAUAUUAUUCCAAUGAUUAUAAAUAGUGGAUAACCUCUAUUGUAGGAUUAUAUUACAGUUCAAAUGAAUACUUUGAAAAUAAAAAAUCUUUAAUUUCAAAAUCAUAUGAAAAUUAACUUAAAAUUACUGUUGAAUUCAUUCAUUAAAUAAAUAGACUAUUAUUAUCAUCAAAUUACUAUCGAAAUAAAUAGAACGAUUACAUGCAAUCAUAUUUAUCAUAUUAUUUGAAUGGAACUCUAAAUAACCUCUAAGUUUAGCCUAGUUCUUCUUGUUUCUAUUCAAAAUUCGGUUAACCUCCAAAUUAGUUAUAACAAGAUUAUUAAGCUAAUUCAUUAUCAAUCAAUGUCAAUGAGUCUUAGCAAUAAUAACAUAGGAUUUUAUGUUAAAUAACCUGCAACGUUCUAUAAAGCAGAGUAGUUUUGAAUGGGAUGCCAAAUGAUUUGCAGGAUUAAAAUUUACUUAGAGCAAAGUUGUAAAGUUUAUUGCAUCCAGAAGAACACCUAAUAAUUCAACCAGUAAUCUUGUAAAUUCCAAAAAGAUCAUUCAUAUAGCCUGAUGCAUAACAAUUAUUAAUCUAUGAUAAUAUGGUUCUUGAAAUGUUCAUAAAUCUCUUAUUAGAUGAAAAUAAUUUUCCAUAAUUUCCAUUUAAUUUAUUUAGAUAGGUGAGUAAAUGUUCUCGCCUUGGUUUCAAAUUAUUGAUUUAAUUGUUACUCUUAUACUAAGAACAAAAAAAUAACUUAGAUUUAACUUUAAAAAUCUUAUACCUUGUGAGUUAGAAAAUUCCAUCAACUAAUCUUAGAGAUUUGUUAUCUGAGUAGUUAUAGGUGAGCCCAAUUUUAAAUAAAAGAGAAAAGGCAAAUCUAGCUAAAGUCUAAGAAAUUAAGGAACAAUUUGUAAUUGAAGAGGAAGAAAACUUUGAGGAAUAACCUUAAGAUGAGGAUCCAGAAAAUCCUCUUGUCUUUUUAAUUAAUUAGAUUAAUCGGUAUUGCGAGAAAAACAUCUCUUUCAUGAAAAUAUUUCAUAAUCCAGAAUCCUAUAUACCAUUAGAAAAAAGUAUGAUUAAUAUAAUAUAUUAGAUAUUCUCCUGACUCCAUUACUAGCUAACUAAACUGGAAUGCAUUUAUCUUACCUGAUUUAAAUUAUCAAAGGCUCAUUGAUAAUUGCAAAUGAGGAAUCGAAAGAUAAGAAUAAAAAAAGUGAUGAUGAUUAUUUAUAAAAAAUAUAGAGAAGAUAAGCUACAAUCUUUACAAAUAGCCAUGAAGAAUCUAAUAAUAAAUUGUUUGACCUUGUUACUUAGCUCAACAAACAUGAAGAAGAUAUACAUUUAUAGGAAUUGAUUUUUAAGACUUUUGCAGAAAGAUAUUCAGAAAAUCAAUAAGAGCAAUGGGAACCAUAAUCUUAUUACACUAGGCAGCCUUUUUCUUUAAGAUAAAAUGAAAUAUUGUUACAAUAGCAAUAAUAAUAACAAUAGGAAUUACAAUAACAAUAAUAAUAGUAAUAACAAUAGCAAUAAUAAUAGUAAUAACAAUAGCAAUAAUAAUAGUAAUAACAAUAGCAAUAAUAAUUGUAAUAAGAAUAACAUUAGCAAUAACAAUAGCAAUAAUAAUUGUAAUAAGAAUAACAUUAGCAAUAACAAUAGCAAUAAUAAUUGUAAUAAGAAUAAGAAUAACAUUAGCAAUAAGAAUAACAAUAAGAUUAGCAAUAAGAAUAACAAUAACAAUAAUAACAAUAAGAUUAGCAAUAACAAUAACAAUAAGAUUAGCAAUAACAAUAACAAUAACAAUAAUAACAAUAACAACAAUAAUAAUAAUAAUAAUAACAAUAACAAUAAUAGGAACAAAAUCAAAAUCUAUAAAGUACUUUCUAAUUUAAAAUACCAGUGUUACCAUAAUCUUUAAAUGUUCUACCUCAAACUUUUCCCAGCUACGCUCCGCCUCCAAUUUCAUCUAUAUCAAUACUUUAGUAAUAACACCUAUAACAAUAAUAAUAAUAAUUGUAAUAAUAAUAAUAAUUUUAAAACAAUUUGUAAAAUAUUAGAAAGUUGCCAACAUCUUAAGCAUAAUUUUAGCAACUUAGAUAGUUCUAUGAUAGGUACCUUAAAGCAAAUGAUGAUUAAUAAGACCUUUAAUAGACUUAAUAAUAACAUCUUAAGCAGUUUUACAAUAAUAUUUUACUAUAGAAAUAAUAAUAAUAAGUCUAGUAAUAAGAUUAGAAUCAAUAAUAGUCAAACAACCCAGAAUCAAAAAUAUAUGAUUAAAACCAAUUUGUCUCAGAAGAAUAAAAUGAAUCAGAUUCUAAGAUACAAUAAAGAGAGAGAAAACUAAGUGCCAAAAUAUCCCAUGUUGAAAUAGAUAUUAUAACAGCAUUGUGCAGAAUUCUUAAUAACCCUCUUCUUCGAGAUUGCAAUUCUAUAGAAAUCAUUAAUUUACUUAAUGGAUAUGCAAAUGAUCGUUUAAAAAUCGAACAUGCUAUUAAUGAAUUAACUAAAUAUAUAAUCCAAUAAUCAAAGAUAUUCAAUUAUGAAUUGGAUAGAAAAAGAAAAUAACUUAGAGAAAUCACUAGUUAACGAGAAAAGGUGCCAGAGCAUGAUCCUGAAAGAUAAUAAUAAUUGUCAGAAUAAGAAAAUGAAAUCAUCAAAGAGCUUAACUAGAAAACACCUGAUCCUAGUGUAAUUCAAAGAUGUUUUAUUGCAAUUACAGGGUUUUUGAAUUUUAAUGUGAGUGCUUCAGAUUAAUAAAAAUAACCCACAACCAAGCCAAGCUCAACAUAAACUAGAUAAUAAAUUCAAUUAGAUAAAAAGAAAUUUAAAUUGCAUUAAUAAGGAAAGCAUUUAGAUGAUGCACAAGAAAUUGAUGCUUUGACGAAAAAAGAUAUUCGAAAAUAAUUUAUAAAUGUGCUAUAAACAAGAUAAACUCACCAUUUGUGGCUUAAUGUUGUGGAAACAUUAUUAUUAAUUUUCAAUUGUAAAGGUCAUAGAUCACUAGAGUUAUUAUAGAAAAAAUUAUACCCAUUAUUGGAAUGUUUCUUGAGACUUUACUAAAAUGUACAUGAAGAUACAAAUCAUUCGGAUUCCCAUGUAUAAGGUGCUGCAGAUCCUAACUUUUUUGAGCGUAAUACAAGUGGAUCAGCCACUAAUUCAUUAUCAUUUGGUUUAUUGUAAACAUAGAAUAUUCAUUUAAAACGAUCAUUUUCAGCAGUAAGAAACGAAAAUGAAAUGUAAAUGAAAAUAGAUGAGCUGUUCACUUAUCUUUGUAUAAAUGGGAAAAGACUCAUUAAUCAUUUAAUAUCAUAAAGGCUUCAUUAAGUUACUAUUGAUCACAAAUAGAAUUAAAAUCCAAAUUUAAUUAAGUCAUUUAAAGACACAGAUCCUUUAGCUUUUGUUUUCUUUAAAAUGAGUCAAAUAAUAUCCUUUGAAAAUAAAAAGCAUUUAUUUGAAUUGGAUUUAGAAGCUCUAAAAAUAGGUGAAAAACCUAAUGCACGAUCAAGAGGCAGAUAAAAUGAUACUAUUGAGAUUAAUGUAGUUAGAGAAACAAGACUAUAAUAAUCUUUGGAAAAAGUUAUUAACAUCGAUAAGAAUAAGUUUAGAAAAUGUGAUAUAAAAAUUAGAUAUUAAGGGGAAAGAGGUUAAGAUGAGGGAGGUAUUAGAAAGGAAUGGAUGACUAACCUUGUUAAAGAUAUCUUAUAAACAGAUAAAUUUGAAUUAACAACAAAAAGAUUCUACAAAAUUAAUCCAAAUAAAAAAGCUUAAGAAGAUUUGAAUCAUUAUAAACUAUUAGGUAAAAUAAUUGGCAAAAGUAUUUAUGAUGGACUACUUUUGCCAGUGUAUUUUAUCUCUCCAAUUUUCAAGCAAAUACUUUAAAAAAAACCUAGCAUUGAUGAUCUUGAACAUUAUAAUGAAGGUUAUUAUGAUACCUUUAUUAAAUUUUUAAAUGAUGAAACUUAAGUUCAAUAUAAAGACUUGUUUGAAUUUUGGAUACCCGAAGAAUAUGCAAAUCUGAUAGAUUAAAAUAAAAAGUAUAUUUUUGCUGACCUUCUUCAAGAUUAUAUAGAAAAGAACCCUGUUGAAUUAAAAUAAGAAUAAUAAACUGAAUAAUAGUAAGAGUUAAAUACUAAAUAAGAAGUCGAAUAAAGUUAGGAACAACAUUAACCCAAAUCAUAGCAACAGGACUAGCAAUAAUAAUAAUAAUAGGAAUAAAAAGAAUAGUAAGAAGAUUAAUAAGAGUAAGAAAAAUAACAGUAAAUAAAAGAAUAAUCUGAGUAAUAAUAUCAAAAAUAUUAAUAAAUAGUUGAAGAAUUAUAGGAGGAAUAAUCAGAAUAAUAAUAAGAAAAAUCGCAUAUAUUAGAUUAACAUUUGAUAAAAAAAGCAAAAAACUUCAUAAAAAUGAUAAGACACCAUACAUAAUAAAAAAAUGAAGCCAUUCAAGAAAAUGAAUCAUAAUUGGAAAUAAAUUUAGAAUAAUUUGAAUAAUAAUAAUUAUUAUUAUAUCUCUAAUAACAGUAAGAAUAAACGAUAUCACUUUCACAAAUCAUUGAAGUAUAGUAAGAAUCUCAAUAACAAAUUGAUUAGUAAAUAAGAUAAAUGCAAGAAUAUUUAUUAGGAUCUGAACUGAAGGCUCCAAUAAUUCAAGCUGAACAGAAACAAAAUGAAAAAGAAGAAGAAAUACAAAUUAAGAAGCUUCCUGAAGAUAUAACAGCAGAAGACAUGGAAAAUAGGGAGAGGAAAAGACUUAUCAGGAAGAAUAAAAAAAAAUAGCUGAAUGAUGAAGUUUUAAAACAUAUUAAAUUGUAAGAUGUCUUUGAAAAAUAAACUACAAAUGUAUCAGUAAAACACAAAAGAUUAAUUUGUGAAUAUAUUAGCAAAAGAAUUAUGUUAGAGGAGAUUAAAAAUUAGAUAUAAGCAUUAAGAGAAGGGUUUUUUGAUAUUUUGCCUAAAGAGUAUUUCUCUUAUAUGGAUUGGAGAGAUCUUUAAAAACUAAUAAUAGGAGUUCCUUCAGUUGAUGGUAUUGUAUUUUAUUACUAAUUUUAGUUGAUGAUUUAAAAGAAAAUACAGAAUAUAUCAAUUACGAAAAAAAUAAUUAAACAGUUUUAUGGUUUUGGGAAGUUUUGACAACCUUAAGCGACUCUGAAAAGGCUGACUUCUUAAUGUUUGCAACAGGAAGUCCUUUAGUUCCAUUCGGAGGAUUUAAGAAUUUAAGAGGUCCAAAUGGUCCAAGGAAGUUUUCUAUUUCGAAAGACUUCAAUAAAGAACAUUUCAUUAAGGCUCAUGCAUGGUAUAAACUUUAAUGAUAGUUAGUUUUAAUCGGAUUGAUUUGCCAGAAUACUCCUCUAAAGAUAUAGUAAGAGAGAAAUUACUAAAAUCUUUGAAAGAAUCUGGUUCAGGAUUUGAUUUAAGUUGA